AUGGGGAAAGAUUUCAAGAGUUUGGUUAGAUGCAUCUACGUUGGAAAGAUUAACGAUAGUGCGAAGAAGCUGAAAAUCGCAACCGAAGAACUCAAAGAGCUCGGGAACAACGUGGUGAAGAGGGUCAAGAUUUGCGAAGAGCAGCAACAGAUGAAGCGGCUAGACAAAGUCCAAGCAUGGCUAAGACAAGCCGACACUGUCAUCAAAGAAGCAGAAGAGUAUUUCUUGAUGUCUUCAUCGUCUUCUUCUUCGAGCCAAGGUUUGAUAUCUUCGAGCCACAAGAUGGAAAAGAAGAUUUGCAAGAAGCUGAAAGAGGUUCAAGAGAUUAAGAGCAGAGGAAUGUUUGAGGUUGUUGCUGAAACCGUCGGAGGCAUUGGAGGAGGAGGAGGAGGAGGAGGAGGAGGAGGAGGAAGCGGAGUCGCGGUUAAAGUUAAUGAUGAGGAGACGAUAGGGUUAGAGGCGGUUUCGGGUUUGGUUUGGAGGUGUUUGACGAUGGAGAACACUGGGGUUAUUGGAUUGUACGGCGUGGAAGGUGUUGGGAAGACGACGGUUUUGACUCAGGUUAACAACAGGUUGCUUCAACAGAAAGCGAACGGGUUUGAUUUUGUUUUGUGGGUGUUUGUGUCCAAGAACCUGAAUCUUGAGAAGAUUCAAGACACGAUCAGGGAGAAGAUUGGGUUUUUGGAUAGGACGUGGACGAGUAAGACCGAGGAAGAAAAAGCUGCGAAGAUCUUUGAGAUCUUAAGUAAGAGACGUUUCGCAUUGUUUCUUGAUGAUGUUUGGGAGAAGGUUGAUCUAGUGAAAGCUGGAGUUCCGCCGCCAGAUGCGCAGAACCGGUCGAAGGUUGUGUUCACGACAUGUAGCGAAGACGUUUGUAAGGAGAUGAGUGCACAGACGAAGAUCAAAGUGGAGAAGUUGGCGUGGGAGAGAGCUUGGGAAUUGUUCAAGAAGAAUGUUGGAGAAGAUACAGUGAAGAGCCACCCGGACAUAGCCAAGGUUGCUCAGGAGGUUGCAGCCAAGUGCGACGGUCUUCCUCUGGCCCUGGUCACCAUUGGCCGAGCCAUGGCCUCCAAGAAAACGCCACAGGAGUGGCGUGACGCUUUAUACAUCUUGAGUAACUCUCCUCCGAAUUUCUCAGUUCUCAAGCUACUCGACAGGAACUAG